CGCCCCCUUCUCGAAGCCAGCCAAUGGAGAGCGUCAUACCCGCCCACCGGGAGGGGGCGCGUCCAAUCGGGAGCGCGAUGGCGGCGGCCGUGAAGGACCGCGAGGUGCUGCAGCGACUCAGCUUCCUGUUCCAGGCCGCGCACUGGGUGCUCCCGCACAGCCCUGCGCUCGCCCGCUUCUACUGCAGCAUCCAGCGAGGGACCGCGCGCCGCCUCGUCCUGCGCCUGGCCCCCUCGGUGAAGCGCACGGUGUGCCGCCGCUGCUGCUCUCUGCUGCUGCCCGGUGCUGGGGGCUGCCUGCGCCUGCGAGGCCGGGGGCAGCCCCGCAUGGUGCUGCGCUGCCGGAGCUGCGGCCGCCACCGGCGCUACCUCUGCACGGAGCCACGCCCACUGGAGCAGGCCACGCCCCCAGGAGCCCCCCAAUGAACCCUACCUGGCAACAGAGCGGCGAC